UUUAUUUCUGGCUCCGGCUCGAAGAAUGAUCGUACGAAUACGUGUCUGAACCGCCAUUGGCGACUGCUCGUUUCCGACCGUUUAGCUAGCAUCAUAUAACGACACCGACUUCGCGAACCAGUAAAUCAUUGUACCUGCUUGUCAACUACUUCGUUCUGGGCGCAAACACGGAUCAUGCGGACGGACUCUUUAAAACCCUCUCUGGAAGACCGGCGAAGAGGCGAGCUCGCGCUCAGCGAGUUUGCGGAAUAUGCGGACAAACAACAGUCGCUCCGCUCCGCUCAAACAGCUCCGAUCAACAGCGGCACUAGUGACAAAUCUUCUGCGCAUGAGGAGCAUGCCGAGUUGGAGAUCCUCGACCAGCUGGGGCUAUCCGAUGAACCCAAGACCGUCAGGCUGAAGGACCUAUUGCUCCGUACAGACAGCAAAUCUGAAGAAAACCUCAAGGCCCUGGCAGAGUUAUUGCAAAGCCGCAUUGAUGAAGGCCAUGGGGAGACAAUUUUCGAUCUCGGGGUUGAGGAUGGGGGAGAGUCCAUGUCCCUCAGCCUCGAUCAGUGGAAUAUAGCCCUGAACCGGCUGCGAGAAGCUGCAACAACUCUCUCCGCACAUUGCCGCAUUCUCCUAACCUACAAUGUUGGCGGUCCCGAAGAGGCAAAAACUACAAAUUACCGGAUAAAGGGUUCGUGGGGUAAGAUUCUCAUUCGGCAGCCUGCGGAAACAAUAGAGGAAAUGGCGGAGAUUCGGAUGGCAGUGGUAGGGAAUGUUGAUGCUGGAAAGAGUACCAUGCUCGGUGUCCUCGUGAAAGGAGGCUUGGAUGACGGGCGUGGUAAAGCACGAGUGAAUCUCUUCCGCCACAAGCACGAGAUUGAGAGCGGGAGGACCAGCUCGGUCGGUCUAGAGAUUAUGGGCUUUGAUAGCCAAGGAGAGAUCGUGAGCAGCUCGCAGGGCCGCAAGCUUUCUUGGGAAGAGAUUGGCAAACGGUCCGCUAAAGUCAUCUCCUUCUCUGACCUCGCCGGUCACGAACGUUACCUGCGGACGACAGUCUUUGGCAUGCUGAGCAGCAAUCCUAAUUAUUGCCUUCUAAUGGUUGCGGCCAACAAUGGCCUUAUUGGUAUGAGCAAGGAACAUCUGGGCAUAGCCCUGGCUCUGAACGUGCCGGUUAUGGUCAUAAUCACCAAAAUCGAUAUCUGCCCCCCUCAGAUUUUGCAAGAGACUAUCUCCCAGUUGACUAAGAUCCUCAAGUCGCCUGGAGCUCGGAAAAUCCCUAUAUUUGUGAAGGACAUGGAGGAGACAAUCAACACUGCCACGCAGUUUGUCUCUCAACGGAUAUGCCCUAUCUUUCAGGUUUCUAACGUGACUGGAGAGAAUCUGGAGCUUGUUCGGACGUUCUUAAACAUCCUUCCUUACCGCGGACAGUAUAAUCCUGACGCGCCCUUUGAGUUUUUGAUUAAUGACACUUUCUCCGUCCCGCAUGUCGGUACUGUUGUGUCUGGAGUGGCCAAGUCUGGGGUGAUCCACGCUGGCGAUUCCGUCUUGGUUGGUCCUGACUCCCUCGGGCAGUUUACUACGACUACUAUCAAGUCUAUCGAGCGCAAGCGUAUCCAGGUAAAUGCCUGCUUUGCUGGACAGUCUGGAUCGUUUGCAUUGAAGCGUGUGCGGCGAAAGGAAGUUCGGAAAGGCAUGGUUGUUCUCAAAAAAUUGGAUCAACAGCCCAAAGUCUACCGAGAGUUCAUUGCUGAAGUCCUCAUCCUGUCUCAUGCGACGACUAUAAAGCCUCGGUAUCAGGCUAUGCUCCAUGUCGGGGCGGUGAGCCAAACAUGCUCUGUCAUCGACAUUGACCGACCUUACAUUCGAACUGGUGAUCGUGCCCUAGUUGCCUUCCGUUUCAUGCAGCGGCCCGAAUUCCUCGCUCCUGGUGAUCGGGUACUCUUCCGAGAGGGUAAGACGAAGGGACUAGGCAUUGUCAAGAGCGUUGGAUACGAUUCAAGCAAUCCAUUGAGCCCCGAAGCAAGAAAAGAGUAUGAGCGGAAAGAAAAGCACUGAUCUUUCUGCUGGUGCUGUUCGACUCUCUCAAUACCCCUCAAACCCUGGCCGAGAAGUCAGCGGCUUACGACGCGUCACUAUAUGUCUGUCUUUCUGCAUGCGAGUGGAUCUUUGAGUCAUUUUUCAUGAAAUCCUGGGUUUCUCUUUUUUCUAUAUACAGUGCAGACACGACAGCCUGCCUUUGUUUAUUGUUAAUGGGCAAUGUUAUGACUUUUAUGUUUUAUUUCUUCUGUUUUUAACAUCACCAUAUGCAGGACAAUUCUUGGAUAGAG